GAAAAGCAAAACAGAGAUGCCCCAAGUUGAAGCAGAAUGAGAGUUGUGAGCCUCAGUCCUACUGUUUUUCAGAGCAGCUAUUUACUUUUUGGGGCUAAGAAGCUUUAUGGGUCUAGACCAUCUGCAACGUUCAGGAUUAGGCGAGUACCCAUAAGCUGUGCUGUUCGUUUUCGACCCUGUAUUGAUAUACACAAGGGGAAAGUGAAACAGAUUGUUGGAUCGACGCUUUCGGAUUUGAAGGAGGAUGGGACAGCUCUGGUGACUAAUUUCGAGUCGGAUAAGUCGGCUGGGGAGUUUGCAAGGAUGUAUAAGGAAGAUGGGCUUACAGGUGGACAUGUGAUAAUGCUGGGAGCUGACCCUUUGAGUAGAGCUGCGGCCAUUGAAGCUCUGCGUGCAUAUCCUGGUGGUUUGCAAGUAGGAGGUGGGAUCAAUUCAGAUAAUUCUUUGCAGUACAUAGAAGAAGGGGCUAGCCAUGUUAUUGUCACCUCUUAUGUAUUUAAUAACGGGCAAAUGGACCUUGAAAGGCUUAAAGAUCUUGUUCAUGUUGUUGGAAAAGAAAGGCUUGUUUUAGACCUUAGCUGCAGAAAGAGGGAAGGUAAAUAUGCUAUUGUCACAGAUAGAUGGCAAAAAUUCAGUGAUGUGUAUCUUGACAAGGACAUAUUAGACUUCCUUGCCAACUAUGCAGACGAGUUUCUGGUACAUGGUGUCGACGUCGAAGGGAAAAAACUGGGGAUUGAUGAAGAGCUUGUGGAGUUGCUUGGCAAAAAUUCUCCGAUUCCUGUAACAUAUGCUGGUGGUGUGACGGUAGUGGCUGAUUUAGAGAGGAUAAAACUAGCAGGACUGGGACGUGUGGAUGUUACUGUUGGUAGCGCUUUGGAUAUUUUCGGGGGCAACUUGCCGUACAAAGAAGUCAUUGCUUGGCAUGCUCAGCAGGGAGCAUUGAUUGUUUAGUAUCUUUGUGGUCUGUUGGUGUGUGAACCUGUGCAGCAUCUGAGAACAGUUGGUUGUGGCUUAUAUAUCUUGAAAUGGCGGGUUAAUUUUAGUUAUCAGUAACGUUGCAUUGUCUGUAACUAAGUUGAACUGGAAACUUGGAACAGAUUACCUUGUGAAUCUGGGUUUUGAAGCCUGAUUAGGAUGGUGUUAGUACCCCUCAAAAGGUGCGUCCUGCGUGUUUGUUUUAAUGACUAGCUCAAUCAAGUUUUGCAUUACAAGUUUAAAUAAUUUAUUUAUUU